UCAGUAAAAGAAAUAUAUUCUCAUAUAUUGCUGAUGGUUUAUAAAGUGCAUUACGUAUCUCUUGGGAAGCAAUUUGUCAUUAAAUAAAACUCACAAAAUAUUCUUGUCCUUUACCCAAACUUACUGUUCCCAGGAAUUUAAGGAAAUAAUCCAAACUUUCAAAAAGAUUAUGAGCUCAGGGGUGUUAAUUGCUUCAUUAUUUACAAAGAAGAAUCGCUUCUCAGCUUUUUGGCUAAGAUCAAGUACAGUAUUUUUUAAGGGGAAGAAGAGGGGACAGUUAAAGAAGUUAAGAUUUAGAGAGCGGUGCGUCGUGCCCUGCGCUGCCCAGACUAGCGAACAAUACAGUCACGAUGGCUAAAGGUGACCCCAAGAAACCAAAGGGCAAGAUGUCUGCUUAUGCCUUCUUUGUGCAGACGUGCAGAGAAGAACAUAAGAAGAAAAACCCAGAGGUCCCUGUCAAUUUUGCAGAAUUUUCCAAGAAGUGCUCUGAGAGGUGGAAGACGAUGUCUGGGAAAGAGAAGUCUAAAUUUGAUGAAAUGGCAAAGGCGGAUAAAGUCCGCUAUGAUCGGGAAAUGAAGGAUUAUGGACCAGCUAAGGGAGGAAAGAAGAAGAAGGACCCUAAUGCCCCUAAAAGGCCACCGUCUGGAUUCUUCCUGUUCUGUUCAGAAUUCCGCCCCAAGAUCAAAUCUACAAACCCUGGCAUCUCUAUUGGAGAUGUGGCAAAAAAGCUGGGUGAGAUGUGGAAUAACUUAAGUGACAGCGAAAAGCAGCCUUACAUCACUAAGGCUGCAAAGCUGAAGGAGAAGUAUGAGAAGGAUGUUGCUGACUAUAAGUCUAAAGGAAAGUUUGAUGGCGCAAAGGGUCCUACUAAAGUUGCCCGGAAAAAGGUGGAAGAGGAAGAUGAAGAAGACGAGGAGGAAGAGGAGGAGGAGGAGGAGGAGGAUGAAUAAAAAAAACUGUUUAUCUGUAAAAAAAAAAAAAAAAAAAGAAGUUAAGAUUUAUCUGCUCAGAACAUCGUUAAAUUAAACUUAGGUCAGGAGGGAUGUCUUCUUCAGCUCAUACAUAACAUUCCUUUUUAAAAAAUGAUAGCAAAAUGUUAUUUAUUAAAUCUUGAUCGUAGAUACGU